UGAUGGAUGUGGGACGGAGAGGAGUGUGCGAUUCAAAUGAUUUUGAAAAAGAAGGGUUAGUAGACAGCAAAGACAGAAACGGGAAUCGGAGAUGGAAGGAGAAGACAGUACAGAGCUCCAACCCCUCCCGCGGUUUCUGCGUGGCUUUGAACCCACGUUGGUCUCUUUCAUACAGUCACCCCCAGAAGUCAAUGAUAUCCAAUAUUUUGUCGCUGGCAGCCAGCACUAAUACUGAACUUCAUAUGGGAAAUUUAGCAAGGAAGGUAGGAGAGGAAGAACACAGUGGCAGUGGAGGUGGCGCUAUAGAAGAUUAGAAGUAGAUUGGGAUCAGAAUCUUUAGCGG